CGCUAGCAAAUAAUAAAACAAAAAGCAGUCACAUUAGAUUUUAUGAUUUGUUAUUGUAGACGCAGCCUUGAGAGAUGGCGAUUGGCACCUUUAAAUCCGUGCGGGAAGUAAGCAGCGAAGAUUCUUUGCAUUUGGCGGCAAACCUGUUGAAGCAAAAUGCCGGCAAGAAAUGGAAAACUAAAAACAUUGGCGAAAAGACAGCGUAUGUUAUAUUGGAGUUUGAGGAGCCCCAGCAAAUAACAGGUAUGGAUAUAGGGAAUGAGCAUGCAGCCUUUGUGGAGGUGCUUGUUAGCAACAGCGGAUGCCAGCCGGACGACUUUAAGGAAAUGAUGCUGUCCAGCUCAUUUAUGACUCCAAUUGAGAGUAAGAACUCCAGCAAUGUAAAUCGUGUGCGCUGGUUUGACCAUAACUCGCUUAAUGCUGCAACGCUGCCGGACAAAUGGAAGUUGCUGAAGAUUGUGGUCACGCAACCUUUUAAUAAACAUGUGCAGUAUGGCAUUUCCUUUAUUAAAGUGCACGUGACCGCCAGGACCAGUACCAGCAGCAGCGCAAGUGCCAGUACCAGUACCAGCACCAAUACCAGCGCCAGUGCUAGUGCCACUGCUUCAAUAAAAGCUAAGCCUUUGGUACCCGAUAAAUUCAAGUUGGCUGGCAGCUCUAGUUUGGCUUUUAAAAUGCGCGAAGACUCGCCCGAUUCCGAACCCGAUUCAACGCUUUUCCAGCGUUGGAAGGCCACUCGUAACGAUACUGACAAGCCGGCAGCUAGCGCAGCUGCUGCUAUAAGAGAUGCUGGCUCGCCAGCAGGAUUGCGUAGGCUCAGUGAGACGAAGCCAACACCAAAAAUGACACGAUCAGCGUCAAAAGCGCCGACAGCUUCAGCCACUGUGACCAAGUCGGAAGCAAAGACUUUGGAUCGCAAUCGCGCGUCGCUGCUGUUUGGCGAUGAUGAGGAUGAUGAUGAUGAUAGUGAUGAGCCUCUGGCGUUGUUGAAUGCUAGGCAGCAGCGCAUGAGCAAACACAUUGAGGCGGAUAAGAACAGGCGACGUUUGGAGCUAGAAGCUGAGCAAAAGAAAAAAGAUAAGAAUAAGCGACUUUCCAUAGAAACGCCAGCAACCAAGGAGGCAGCCAAGUCUACACCGGAGCGCAGUCAAAAGGUACAAGCAUCAUCGACAAGCGAAAAGAAGGAGACAAAUAAGAAACUUUCUAUGGAAGCGCCAGCUUCUACAUCCAAGGCCAAACCUACACCCGAUCGCAGUCAGAAGCGACUGUCAUCAUCCGUAAACGAUGACAACAAGCCAGCAAAAAAACUCAAAAUCAGUGACACCAAAAUUAUUAAAUAUGUGCCAUUUAAGCAACUGCUUAGUGAUGUUGUCCUGGUUAUUAGUGGUAUACAGAAUCCAGAUCGCACGGAUUUGCGUUCAAAGGCCCUUGCCAUGGGAGCGAAAUACAAGUCAGAGUGGGAUUCUGGUUGCACGCAUCUGAUUUGCGCCUUUAGAAGCACACCCAAAUAUAAUCAGAUGAAAGGUAAAGGUAAAAUAGUAACUCGCAGCUGGAUUGAAAAAUGCUAUGAUCAAAAGAAGUAUUUGCCCUGGCGUCGCUAUGCAUUGGUCACGAGUGAAGCAGCACAGAAUGAAAGCGAUGACGAGAUCUAUGAUGAAUCGCUGCGACCCACUGUUGUUGAUGAUGAUGAUAACAAUGAUAUAGAGUUUGUGCCCAACAAGCCUGUCGAAACCGUAAAACUUGAUGACAGCUUUGACAGCAUUGGACAGCGCCAGAUGGAGUCUGGUCCAGAUACAGAGGAUGAACUAGAGCGCGUGGCGCAGCAAAACCAAUUGAAAGCCAACGAAAAAUCCAAGACUCAUAAGAGGAAUACAUCUGAAAUAAGCACCGAGGAAGAGGAUUAUCUGCAUGCCAAGGAACAAGAGUUAAGAGAAGCGACUUAAAAUGUAUAUGUUAUUUUAAAAUUUUAAGUU